CUGGACACGAGGGCAAUGUUACAUGCUUUUCAAUAUCUCCAGAUGGGACUCGAAUCGUGUCUGGUGAUGAUUAUGGUAUGGUUCGAAUAUGGGAUGCGACCACUGGUGCAAGUCUUGGAGUUGUCUUGGAUGGUGCGGAGCCAAUUGUUCACCUAGCAUACUCAUUGAAUGGUUCCCAUGUCAUUAUUGGCACUAGUCUAGGUCAUUUAUCCAAAUGGUAUGGAUUCACAAGUGAAAUAUCCAAUAUCAAGUUGCAAUGUAAUAUUGAGGAUGGAACCAAUCCCGCGACGUAUUAG